UUUUCAGGGUAAAUGUCACUGGAAGGCAGGAGAUUGAAAACUUUGGAAAUAGUUAUACAAUCAAAUAUGACCUUGACAUUAUUGAGAUAUUCAAAGGCCCGGAGGGAACUGGUGGUGUCUACAGUUCUCCACCGUGUAGAGCCGAUCUGCAAACUGAUGGAAAAGAGUAUCUUAUCACAG